AAUAAAUUCAAUUGAAAAUUUUCAAAUUCUUAAUCAAAAAACAAAAUAUGUUUCAAAAUUUGCAAUAGAAAAAACAAAUUAUAUUAAAUUUCAAAUUAACACACAAGAGAUGUCAACUAAUCAUCAAAUAAUUCAUGCCCUAUCUGAAGCCACAGCCAUACGUUUAUACAGCAGUAUAUUGGCCACAGAUGAACCCAGCGAUAGGCAGAUAUUUGCCAGACUACAGCCACCAGCACCAACCAUGCAACAAACCUCUAUAGAAUCCAUAAGAUCUACUAAUGAAUUUAACAAUUCAUGUCGCAUUUGUCGUUGGAAUCGCAGUGAUAUGGAAAUAAUAAAAUGUCCCUGCCUAUGCAAGGGAAGUGUGGGUUUCAUACACUUGCCCUGCUUAAAACGCUGGAUUAUGCAUAGACGUGACAAUCAUUGUGAGAUUUGUAAUGCUGCCUUUAACAUGCCAGAGGAAAAAUUUAGCUUACGACGUAUGAUAAAAACAUUUGUAAAACACUGUGCUGGACCCAUAAUGAAGCACUUGCUUUUUAGUGUGCCUCUAAUGCCUUUAACCCAUAUUAUAUUGCAACAGGUGGUCAUAUGCAUGGAAAAUAUCAAUGUAACUCCCAACGAAAAGUUGACAGUUAAAGAAGUGGUGUUGGCUUCUACAGCCUUGAUGACCUCAAGUGCUCUAUUUUUCCAUUUCUUUGAGUUUAUCACCAUACGCCUCAUUUUGAUACGCAACAUUUUGAGGCACUGGUGGAUGUUUGGUAAUGCCUCAGAUUUUGCGCUCAUACAAAUGGAAAGUGAAAUUUCGGAUUUAUUUGGUUAAUAGAAAAACAAAACUCACCCACACUUGCUGUAUUAUUUUGUUUACAGCAUUUUUAACACUUUACACUUUUAAUAAAACA